CACUGACUGACGGGCGACGGCAGUUCAGCUCAGCAGGCGGAGAUUUGAAACGGCCCUCACUUUUACCUCGGAUCUUGUUGCGCGUGGACGCUUGUUCAAAAUGUUGCCAUUGAAAGUUUAAAUAUUAUUUCAAAGUCGGAAGUGUAAGUGCGCUGUUAAGCUCGGGGAAUUUAUUUUUUUACAUUAGAGAUUCGAUAACUUACAGCAGUAAAAAUGUUCGUGCUGUACGAAACACCGGCGGGUUAUGCCAUUUUCAAGCUGCUGGACGAGAAAAAGUUGCAGCAAAUUGAUAAUCUCUAUCUAGAGUUUGAAACGCCGGAGCUGGCAAAUAAAGUUGUAAAAUUGAAGCACUUUGAAAAGUUUGCCGACACCACCGAGGCACUUUCCGCUGCGACUGCCGCCGUCGAGGGCAAGGUUUCCAAGUCGCUUAAGAAGACGCUCAAGAAGCUCGUUUCGGACGAUGUCCAGAACCAGCUGUUGGUGGCGGACGCCAAGUUGGGCAGUGCCAUCAAGGACAAGCUGUCGCUGCAGUGCGUCUCCAACACGGGCGUCCAAGAGCUGAUGCGGUGCAUCCGGUCGCAGUCCGAGAGUCUGCUGUCCGGGCUGCCGAAGAAGGAAAUGACCGCGAUGGCCCUCGGUUUGGCUCACUCACUUUCCCGGUACAAGCUCAAAUUCUCGCCAGACAAGAUUGACACGAUGAUCGUGCAAGCCCAGUGUCUGCUGGACGAUCUGGACAAGGAACUGAACAAUUACAUGAUGCGCGCUAGAGAGUGGUACGGCUGGCACUUCCCUGAGCUGGGAAAGAUUCUCACCGACAACAUUGCCUUUAUAAAGACGAUAAAGCUAGUUGGCACGCGUGACAAUAUGGCCACGACCGAUCUGUCGGACAUUCUGCCGGAAGAGCUCGAGGAGAAGGUCAAGGAAGCGGCCGAGAUCUCCAUGGGCACGGAAAUCUCUGAGGAAGACAUUACCAACAUUCAGAACCUGUGCGACGAAAUUCUCUCCAUCAACGAGUACCGGACGCAUCUGUACGAUUACCUGAAGACGCGCAUGAUGGCGAUGGCACCAAAUUUGACCGUUCUCGUCGGCGAAACCAUCGGAGCCCGUCUCAUCGCGCACGCCGGGUCGCUGGUCAACCUGGCCAAACAUCCCGCUUCGACUGUGCAAAUCCUAGGUGCCGAGAAGGCGUUGUUCCGCGCACUCAAGACCAAAAAGGACACCCCAAAGUACGGUUUGAUCUUCCACGCCAGCCUGAUCGGUUCGGCCAGCGCCAAAAACAAGGGUAAAAUUUCCCGAUCACUCGCGGCCAAGGCAUCGCUCGCGACCCGCGUGGACGCGUUCGGUGAGGACGUUUCGAUGGAACUGGGCACGGAACACCGAGCCAAGCUGGAGAUGCGUCUGCGGCUGCUGGAGGAGGGCAACAUGUCGCGGCUGUCAGGCACCGGUAAAGCCAAGGCCAAGCUCGAAAAGUACCACGCCAAGAGCGAAGUGAAGGUGUUUAAGAGCGGCGAGGAUAGCACGCUGCCGAUCGGCAAGAAGCGAAAGCUAUCUGAAGGGGCAAAGAUCGAGGAGAUUGAGCCAGAGGUUAAGGAGGAACCGUCCGAUGAACCCAGCGCCGGAGAAUCGUCCAAAAAGAAAAAAAAGAACAAGCAGAAGGAUCUCGAUGCAAGUACGGCUGAGGUUGCCCACGCCUCAAAAAAGAUCAAAACCGAGGACGAGGAAACGCCACCGGAAGAGGGCGCUGAGCCACAGAGUGAGAAGAAGAAGAAAAAGAAAAAGAAGCGAGAGAGCCAGGUUGCUCAGCCAGAAGAGGACGAAGAGGAACCUGCUGUGACGGAAACGCCAACGUCACAGAAGAAAAAAAAGAAAAAGAAGGUGAAGGAAGAAAGUGACGACAGUUGAAUUUAAAAAUCGUUAUUUUAAUGUCAUUAACUUGGAUUAUGAUCCCUAUUUUAAGGGAUGUUAUAAGUGAAAUAAAAAAAGCAUGGUAACCCUACC